CUUUUCUUCUCUGUCUUUUCUGAUUUUCCCGGCCACUUCUGUUGACCGGUCAUGUCAACGCCGGCGAGGACCAAGAGCUGGAAUGGCGACGUGGAUAAGCAUUACCCACCGGCGCUGGCCACCCAUGAUGAAGUUAUUUCUGACCCCAUUGUGUUUUGGGACACUUUGAGGCGUUUUCAUUUUGUGAUGAACACCAAGUUCAUGAUUCCUGUGAUCGGAGGGAAGGAGCUAGACUUGCAUGUUUUGUAUUCAGAGGUUACAAGGAGGGGCGGCCAUGAAAAGGUUGUUGCAGAGAAGAAAUGGAGGGAAGUUGGAGGUAUAUUUAAGUUUUCUCCUACGACCACAAGUGCUUCGUUUGUAUUGAGAAAACACUAUCUAAGUCUUCUGUACCAUUAUGAGCAAGUUUACUUGUUCGGCCGGCAGGGCCCCAUCUGUGCCCCUCAAGGUCCCUUUUUGUUCUCCCCUUCCAUUUUUCCUUUUUUACUUUAUCCGUUAUUUUCCAUAUCGGAUUUUGCUGUAAAUCUGAGUUGGGUUUUGUCCUUUUCUUCUUCUACAGCGCCAUUAUCUUUUGGUAGCCCUACGAGGGAUAGCGAAUUGGCUAUGGUGGAAUAUACUCCCAAGACAACGUCGUUUUCGCCUGCGGAAGUUACUGGAACAAUUGAUGGGAAAUUCGACUGUGGUUACCUAGUGACUGUGAAAUUGGGAUCCGAGGUUCUUAGAGGAGUACUUUACCAUCCAGAUCAGCCAGUCCCGUCUGAUCUACGGCCUCAGUCUACAAAUGCUAUUAUACCUUACACUGGUGGCAGACAGAGACACGCUGGUCGACGACACCGGAGACGCCGGAGAAAGACAGACCCUAACCACCCAAAACCGAACAGAAGUGGGUACAAUUUCUUCUUUGCAGAGAAGCAUUACAAGCUCAAAUCUCUGUACCCAAACAGAGAGAGGGAGUUCACCAAGAUGAUUGGAGAGUCUUGGAACAAACUAAGUCCUGAAGAAAGGAUGGUUUAUCAAAACAUUGGGCUGAAAGACAAGGAAAGAUACAAGAGAGAGUUGAAAGAGUACAAGGAGAAAAUGAGGCAGGCAACUGCUGAUAUUCAGGCAACUAACUGUUCAAAACAUGGAGAGUAACAAAGAGGGAAGAGAAUUCAGCAGUUUAGGUUCUUAUAUCCAAGUGCUUGGCCUCAAACUGCUGCUACACACUACAAUGUCACUAUUGGAACUCUCAUACUAUGCUGCUACACACUAGAUUCUUAGAAUUUUCAACUUUGAAAUGACAGAGGAAUGUGCCCUUUUUAACUUCGUUUUUGUUUCUUAUUCCAUCAGUGGUCAUGAUGAAGCCAACCAAAUGAGCCUUAGAGAGAGGCUUCUUCUGUGUCAUGUGCUACAAUAUUCGAAUAUUAACAAACAUGGUUUAAAAGAAAGUAAACAAAGGCACAGAAGCAAAUGAGUGAAUGUUAGAAACAGUUGAUCAUAUAUGCACAAGAACGUUAGAAUUUUCAUCAACUGAGUCAUGUAAUGAUCAUUAGAAUAUCUCUUCAGGUGAGAAAGCCACUUCUGCAAUCGGAUUAGGCCAAGAGCCUUUCACUUCAAACCUUGCAGCCUCUCUUAAGAGGGGCAGUGGCAUUCCCUUUUGCUAAAUCAGAAAUUGCCCUUUUGUUGGGUGCGUGGGUGUCUACUUCACUAUUUCGAUCCUAUGUUUGUUUGUUUAUCAAAAUGCUGAUUACUACGUAAUCUAAGAUUGUUAAACUGAGUCCAAGUUAUAGAAUUUGGGUUUCUUAAGUCUAAAAACAAAAUGAAUUUGCUAAUCAUGUAGACAUUUGGCAUAUCAUCACAUAAAUAGAACAUAAGCUAAAAUUCCUACAAGUCAUUCACUCAAAUCAAGUGACAAAAAAUUGUU